AUGUGUCAAGCAUUGGCCAAUGGUCAAAGACCACCCCUUUCUUAUGAUUUCUCAAAAUUCACACCCAUCUCGACUACUACCACUCCUAUCUCAUUGUCUGAUCGAUCCUAUCCAUUUGGGUUCAGUCUUUAUCCCAACUGUACGACUACAGCUGGAACUUCUGUUGCGCGCUCCCAAAGUGUGCCAUUGACAACCAAUCAGACAAUCACUGCUGUUAUGCCCGUUUUCACUAUCCCACAACCAACAGUGGUACAAAAGAAAAGUCAUGAGUCACAAUUUGCUACCCAUCAAGAACAAUACCAUUCUCCUGAGUACCACUCGUAUCUAUUUGAUCUUCCUUCAAAGGUUGAGAAGCCUACCCGAAACAUGGCACAAGAAGAAAUGACCCAAAGAUAUUCGUGGUGGUGCAGCUGUCGCUUGAGUUCCAAAUGUUGUCUCUCGACUCAAGGAGUGGGUCGAAGGCAUUGUCUCACAAAUGCCCUACUCCGAGCGCUUGUGGCGCAAACUCUGAAGGGCCGUUGGGAGGCCCGUUCCCAUGGUUUGCCUAAGAACGUCGAGCUUAGGCCCCCGGUUGGGGACGAGGACUUACCUGCCGAUUCUUCUGCUUCGGAACUGCCCGGAGCCACAACAGUGGAGAAUAAAAGAAAAAAGGCCCCGAGUUCCCCGAGCUCGGAGAAAAAGAAAACGAGAAGGAGACUAGUUCGUAAGCCAAAAGAAACCUCCAGCUCCCGAGUGCUUGACUUGAAAUCACUCCUCCGACUCAAACACGAGCCCGAUGAGGAUGAAAUCUUUGUGGCCCACGAGUCGUCUGUCCCCGAGGAAUGGGUGGCAGCCGAGGGGGAAACGAUGGAAGCUAAUCUCCCUCAGGUUCGCGAGGCUGAUGCCAGAGUGAAAGCCGAGAAUUCUCGAGACGCCGGCUCUGCCUCGACCGACGUUAUAGAUAUUUCGGGAUCGCCUUCGUUCACAAAAUCAAUGUUCGAUGAAGCCCGAACGAUGAAGGAGCGAUCCCACGAGGGGGUCCAUGGAGCGGGCGAUCCCCUCCAAGGUUUUUUUGACGCUGUAGACUCAUCGACCCUAGAGGAUUUUACCUGAUUGGGUGACUUAGAGGUGCCAAAAAAAAGUUCACCCUCGGAGGUCGGCGGGUCUAGCUUGAGUUCGAGAUUGAUCAAUCGGUUACCCGCUCCGAGCACGAUUUUUGGUCGGAAGCGAUAUGUCGUUAUCACCGUUCCGGAGGAUACCCAGAUUAUUUUCUCCCACCGUAGGGAUAGUUAGUUACCUCCGGUGCAUGUUAACCGAAGAAGACCAGGCAAAAAUGAACAAGGUAGAUGCGUCAUGCCUGUUUAACGAAGCACACAGGCGCUGAACCGAGUAAAGUGUUACCAAACUUUUUAUUUUUCAACUUUAGUUCUUGAUAACUCUAAUAUCUCUUCUCAUUUUUGCAGGCCUCGGUGCUACACCAUGAAACCUUCCUCCGGUAUCGGGAUGAGCUGAGCCAACUCGAGGCCAAAGUCAAAGAGCUUGCUGAGAAGAGAGAUAUGUAUAAGCUUCUCAGUGAGCAACGUGAAUGAGAAGUCAAGAGCCUUCAAGCCGAGUUGGAUGUGGCUCAGAAAGAACACUCCGACCUGGUGGAACAGGUCCGGUAGAAGAUUGAUCGGGUCGACCAGCUUCGCGCUGAGAUGGACGAAGUCAAGGCUAUGGCCGAAGAGUAGAAUGGCAAGAUGGACCGAUUGGCUUCAUAAAAGGAGACUGCCCGGGAACAGGUGGCCUCGGCGGAGGCCCAACUUCAAUUGACGAAGGAGAAAGCUGAAACCCAAUCCCAAAAAAUCGAAGGCCUCCAGUCUCAGCUGGGCUCGGUCGUUGCCUCACGGGAUACCCUUUCCAAGGAGUUUGAAGCAGCCAAGUCAACGGCAGAAUUAACCAGGGUCGAUGCUGAAGAGAUGGUGGCCCAGUACAAAGCUGAUGUUGCACCCGAGGGCCAUCAUCAAAUAUGUGAGGUGGUAGUUCAGUAGGGAGGCUCUCGAGAAAGUUCAUGCCCGGGAUUUCGAUUUAUCGGUCGAAAUUGAAAAUGUUAAGAGGCUCGAGCCCGAGGCCAAGAAGUUGGCAUACCCUGAGGAAGAGGAAGAUUCCGAGUAUUCGGGUGGAUCCGAGGACGGGGAAGACCCCGAUGGUUCCGGUGAUGAGGCGGGCUCCGGCGAAGAUCGGGCUUCUUAGGUGCCUUGCAGAAUUUUCUUCGCUUUUGUACUUUUGUAUUUUGUUGAGGCCGUUUGGCCUUUUUAAAAAUUUAUGUAUAUAU